AUGACCCUUAGCUCGGAGAUGUCCGAGGCGUCGACGCUGGCUGAGGAGACCGACAUCGAUGUGGUGGGCGAGGAAGACGACGAGGAGGACGACGAGGAGCCACGGACCCGCCGCCGCCGCCGCUCCUACGCCGAGGAUGAGGAGGAGGACGAGGACGACGACGAGGAAGAGGACGAGGACGAUGUGGGCGACCUCCACGCCGCCGCCCUGCUGCCUCGGUCGCCCGUGCGCGGCGGAGGCGUAGGUGGCGGCGGCGGGGCGGGCGGCGGGGACGCUGCCGGUGGCUCUCGGCCCCCCUCGCGGGGUGGCCCGCAGAAGGCGACGGCGGGCGGCGGCGGGGCGGGCGGCGGCGGCGGCGGGGCGGGCAGCGGCGGCGGCAAGAACAGCCUCGUGAAGCCGCCCUACUCCUACAUCGCUCUCAUCACCAUGGCCAUCCUGCAGAGCCCCAAGAAGAGGCUGACGCUGAGUGAGAUCUGCGAGUUCAUCAGCGGGCGCUUUCCUUACUACCGGGAGAAGUUCCCUGCGUGGCAGAACAGUAUCCGCCACAACCUCUCCCUCAAUGACUGCUUCGUCAAGAUCCCCCGGGAGCCCGGCAAUCCUGGCAAGGGCAACUACUGGACGCUUGACCCCGAAUCCGCCGACAUGUUCGACAACGGGAGCUUCCUGCGCCGCCGAAAGCGCUUCAAGCGGCAGCAGCUCCCGGCGCCCGAGCUUCUGCUGCGCGCCGUGGACCCCGCCGCCUUCCUCCCGCAGCCUCCGCCGCAGCCCCCGCAGCAGCCGCCCUGCGCCUACGGACCCUACGGCUGCGGCUACGGUCUCCAGCUCCAGCCUUACCACCCCCACUCCGCCCUCUUCGCCUUCCACCACCCCUCUCCGCCGCCCCGCCAGCCCCCUGCCGCCCCCGGCAGCGCCCCCGGUGCAGCGCUGCCCCCCGCCGCCGCCGCGCCGCCGGGCCCCUUGCUGCCGGCGGCGGAGCUGGCACGGACGCCCUUCGGCUACGCGCACCCGCUGGGCCCGGCGCUGGCGGCCUCGCUGCACUCCGCCAAGCCCGGCAGCGGCGCGGCGCUGGCCCGCUCGCCCUUCUCCAUCGAGAGCAUCAUCGGGGGAAGCCCCGGCCCCGGCCCCGGCGCGGGCAGCAGCUGCGCCUCGCAGUCGACCGCGGCGCCGGGGCUGGCCCGCUCGCUGGGGAGCGCCGGGAGCGGCCUGCCCCCCGCCGCCGCCCUGCCCGCCACCCCCGGCUUCGCGGCACGGAUCUCUAACUGUUAA